AUGAGCGUCCGCUGCAGCACCCUUAGCCCCCAUAAGCCCACUCUCACAGAAGAGAACCUAUCAGAUCAGGCGGGAAAGGUCUUCCUCAUUACCGGUGCCUCUGGCGGCAUAGGCAAAGAGCUGGUCAAGAUUCUCUACCAGAGAAAUGCCAAGAUAUGGCUGGCUGCUCGCAGCUAUUCCAAAACCCAGGCUGUCAUUGAUGAGAUCAAGACUGCGCACCCAAGUUCCACUGGAGAGAUGGUCUUCUUGAAGCUCCAGCUCGACGAUUUAUCUACCAUCAAGGCAUCAGCACAGGAGUUUCUUUCUCGAGAGACCCGGCUUGAUGUGCUCUGGAACAACGCCAAUGUCAUGGUUCCACCUCAAGGGUCUACGACUGUGCAAGGAUACGAGCUGCAGCUCGGCAUCAACAACCUCGGUCACCAACUCUUCACGCAGCUGUUAACCCCUCUCUUGAAGAUGACAUCGCAGGUUGCGCCUCGUGACUCGGUUAGAGUCAUAUGGGUGUCUUCAAGUGCAGCUGAUGGUGCGCCGCGUCCAGCCAUUGACUUUUCCAACAUGGACUAUCACAUCGAGGAGGGUAUUUGGUCCAAAUACUCUAGAAGCAAAGCUGGAAACGUGAUCCAGGCGUCUGAGUAUGCUCGUAGAAUUGGGGGAAGCGGUAUUAUCAGCUUGUCGCUCAACCCCGGCAACUUUGUUACCAACCUGCAGCAGAAUAUGCCCAAGAUGCAAUUGGCCAUGUUUAAACUCAUAUCACAUCCACCCAAGAAUGGUGCGUACACACAGCUGUUUGCUGGGUUGGAUCGGUCUGUCACUUCGGAGGACAACGGUGGCUGGGUGUCACCAUUCGGGAAGAAGGAAGAGCCCCGAAAAGACCUCAUCGACCCUGAUUUGGGCGGGAAGUAUUGGGAAUGGUGCGCAGCCCAAGUCAAGCCAUUUUCAUGA